CGCAAACCACCGCUUCUCCGGCAUUUGAUCAGCUGACUAUAAGUGUGGCGCUGUCUUGAAAGACCGAGCUGACAGAAAUAUUGAUUGGCAGUUAUGAUUUGAACAUUAUAUCUGUCACUUACCACUGUUUAUCGUCCCAUAUACACGACCAGCGUUUCACUGUCAUUCAGUGUCCUCUCCAGUUCCUCCACCCUAUCCACCUCACCUGUCUGCAGCUAUGACCGAGUUCUGGCUGAUCUCUGCGCCCGGGGAGAAGACCUGCCAGCAGACCUGGGACACCAUGAUGAUGGUCACCACCCGCAACAACAACCUCUCCUCCAACAGCAAGUUCAACAUCCCCGACCUCAAGGUGGGGACGCUGGACAUCUUGGUUGGGCUGUCUGAUGAGCUGGCCAAGCUGGACUCCUUCGUUGAGAGCGUGGUGAAGAAGGUGGCCCAGUACAUGGCAGACGUGCUGGAGGACAGCCGAGACAAAGUGCAGGAGAAUCUGCUGGCCAAUGGAGUGGAUCUGGUGACCUACAUCACAAGGUUUCAGUGGGACAUGGCAAAGUACCCCAUUAAACAGUCACUGAAGAACAUCUCUGAGAUCAUAUCCAAACAAGUAUCACAGAUUGACAAUGACCUGAAGGCCAGAGCGUCGGCCUACAACAACCUGAAGGGCAACCUGCAGAACCUGGAGCGGAAGAAUGCGGGGAGUUUGUUGACCAGGAGCCUGGCUGAUAUUGUGAAGAAAGAAGAUUUUGUGCUCGAAUCUGAGUACCUUGUUACAAUGCUGGUAGUUGUACCAAAGGCAAAUUAUGCUGACUGGCAGAAGACUUAUGAAACUCUCGCAGAAAUGGUGGUGCCUCGAUCCACUAACCUGCUGUUUGAGGACCAGGAAAGUGGUCUCUUCAGCGUCACCCUCUUCAGAAAGGCCAUCGAUGACUUCAGACACAAGGCCAGAGAGUUCAAGUUUACUGUACGGGACUUCCAGUACAACGAGGUAGAGAUGAAAGCUGACAAAGAAGAAAUGACACGGCUCUCCACAGACAAGAAGAAACAGUUUGGUCCACUGGUGCGAUGGCUGAAGGUGAACUUCAGCGAAGCCUUCAUCGCUUGGGUCCACAUAAAAGCGCUUCGGGUUUUUGUGGAGUCGGUCUUAAGAUAUGGGCUUCCCGUCAACUUCCAGGCCAUGCUUCUGCAGCCUAACAAGAAGAACAUGAAGAAGUUGCGGGAGGUUCUGUACGACCUGUACAAACACCUGGACAGCAGCGCGGCCACCAUCAUCGAUGCACCCAUGGACAUCCCGGGUCUGAACCUGAGUCAGCAAGAAUACUAUCCAUAUGUGUACUAUAAGAUUGACUGCAAUCUGCUGGAUUUCAAGUAGAGCAGUGCUCAUUUCCCUACGCCCGCAAUCCAUCCCGUACUUGUUUGAAACUAAUUUACUUCCAAGCCUCUUUCUCUCUACCCUCUCUUUCUUUUCUUUUCUCUGUCAUGCUUGCUCAAUAUAGGGUGAUUCAACCCUCCAUUCUUCCAUAGUCAUUCCUUCUGCUACUUCAACAAGGGGAAGGGCAGCUGUGUUGUACCAAUUAGUUUGAUAUAUAUUUAGUGGUCCAAGCCUCCCAGAUGUUUGAACCCUAUUGUCUCUGCCAGGAUUAUAAAAAUAAUAAUAAUUCAACAUUCAACUUUUAGCUAGUAUGGUAGGCUGGUUUGGCUGGCUGAACUCUUGCCUCAGCGAAAAUAUUGCACAGAUUGGCCACCUGGUGGCAACACAGUGCACAUGACAAAAUUGUGGCAUUCAUAACCCCAGCUCCUGUGGCCCCUUUGAAUGGUGUACAGCAUUUGUUAUAUAGGUUCCUCUGCUCACAGGGUACAAAAUUACAUCAAAAAGCCUGCCAUAUUGGAUUCCUGCAGUAAUGCAAAAAAUGCUUAAAAUGCUUCUUCUGAAAAAAUGGACCGUUUCAGUCAAAAUUUGACAUGGUGCAUUAGUGUUUUGAAAUGACUUUUCUUUUGGUUUCAUCAAAAGAUGACCGAUGAGUACCGUGGUAAAGAUUUUGAACCUGCUGCUUGAUUGAGAUCUUCAUUUGACACAUGUACAGUAUGUGUGUCCUAAGGAUCAUUGACAUUUUGAAUUGGCUGCCAUGUUGGAGUAUUAGUAAGUAGCCAUUUUCUUAUUUUCAUAGUUUGGAUCUAACCGUAAGCGUGAUUCUUAUGAACUUGGAGUGCAUGUCCCUGUGGCUACUCAGUGAUUCUACAGCGCCUGUUGAAUUUGCGGUAUAUAAACAGUUCGUAAUUCCUGUUCCAUUUCACAUAGAGACUUUUAAUCAACCUCUAAACAUCCUGCUCCUCAUGGAAAACAAAUCUGCUCAAUCUGUACAUCCCAGUGUUUACCCUUGAGCCCUCAACAUGUAAAAUCUAUGGACUCAUGUACUGUCAGUGAUGUAUUUCUUUCAUAAUGCUUUUUCACUAGAGCUUGAGUGUGUGCCUCUUUCGCAUUAUGCUGUAAUGGGGACAGGCUUUAUGAGAACAUAACCCAUGUUUUUGCCUCAAUACGCUUCGUUUAAAUGAAUGAUUGUAAUUGUUUCUUUGUCCUGAAUGUCAUGGUGUGGUAAAGAAUUAUGGGCAGAUCUCUUUAUCGGUGUCGAGUGGUGUGGACUUCAUAAACGGGGUCAUUAGGGGCUCGUUUAGGUCAUGUGCAGCCCUGUGACACUUACAGACUACUUAUAUGGGACAACUCUGAACCCUUUCUCACUUGAGCGAGAACUUGCAUUGAAAGGCAGACUUGUCUUAGUAUUCACCAUACCGGACCUUUACCAUAAUAGAUUUUUUGGCAUUUUUAAUUUUCUGAAAAAGACUUAAAUGCUUCUACUUCUACAGAAAUAAACUAUUUUGCAGAAAAUUAGGCAUGGUGAAUAUAUGAACUUAUCUCUUUACAGGUAUUAUCUCUCUUGCGGUUAUGUCCAAAGAUGACGAAGUGACAAGCCAAUGAACAUGUUGGUAUAGCUUAUCAAAAAAACGCUAAUAAAUCCAAAAUGGUGCAAAGAAUUUGGUAGGUGUAUUCACACUCACGUGAAGAUAUCACCCUGUCUGCAAUGGCCUAAUCAAAGCACAUGGGGGUGCCAUAGAGCUCCAUAUUUUAUUAAAAAUAUUUUUAAAUUCCAUUUGUCCAUUCCCAUCGGCAUGAACAGAAAUUGGUUCUUGCAGCUACAUUAUAUAUGUUUUUUUUAUUUGUUUACAGUUUAUGUAUUUUAAUAACAUGAUCAAGUUAUUUAAAUAUCUGCUCAGAGAAUCAAAAUCUUUGUGGCCACUUCAUUCAUAAUGAAGAAUAUUGCUUUGUAAUCAUUCCACUUCUGUGCCAUUGUGGAGUUAGAGGAUGCCCCCUUCACAGACAUUGCUUAAAUAUUCUUUACCUCCUGGAAAGGGAAAUUUGUUUGUUGGUAUUUUUUCCUACAGUGUGAUUGGCUAUAGCAGAUUUAGCCUGCUACAUUGUUCAGUAUGAUCAACAGUUGAGUUGGCUUGACUUGAGCCCCACCUGCACAAGAUUAUGAUUUAUGACAACUUAACUGAACAUUGUAAAAGCAUAUCCCCAAAAUUGGCAACUUCUCUCACUUCAGAGUCAGCCUGGCCAGGCUCACAGUACUGUAUGGUUAUGAGCCGAACAAGUGAAGCUACUGUUUAUGUGAGGGGGUAGGUCUUUUAUCCUGUUCUCUUAACACAUUUGUUGCCUCUCAUAAGUAGUGGUUCUCUUAAAUGGCAAAUUGUUUUACAAUGAAGCAAUAUGUGUAUUGUCUCAUAUCUGUACAUUUGGUGUGUAAAGGACAAAAAUGCGCAGGCACUGUCCAUAGUCCAUACCAUGGAUGAAAAUAAACUAAAUGGAUAUAUUAAGAAGUA